AUGUACAACGAAACGUGUACAUCUGAAGCCGAGCACAAGCGUAUGCGGCGAGACUCGAAACCUCCACGAAGCGGGACGGGAAGUCUGUACAAUUCAACUGGUGUCUCUGGAUGGCGAGUCUACUACAGGCUUUGGUCUAUUCCGGACUUGGGCGACUAUGAUCUCGCCGAGACUUCCUCCAAGCUUGGGCACCGCACCACCUUUGAUGGGAAUCCAUGA